AUGGCAGUGUACGAGUGUAACGAUACUAUGCGCAACUUUUUGCGCGACCUACCCAAGUGUGAACACCAUUUGCAUCUGGAAGGUACCUUGGAGCCUGACUUAUUGUAUCCGUUAGCACAGAGAAAUAACGUGAAGCUGCCCGAACAGUUCCCAAAGACUGUAGCGGAGCUGGAGGAGAGAUACUCCAGAUUCAAAGACUUGCAAGACUUUCUGGACUUCUACUACAUCGGGUGCGAAGUGCUGCUUAAGGAAGAAGACUUCUUCGACUUGGCCUGGGCUUAUUUCACGCGCGCUCACUCGCAAGGCUUGAAGCAUGCUGAGGUGUUUUUCGAUCCCCAGAGUCACACUGCGCGCGGCGUCUCCAUCGAAACUGUCGUGGGCGGGUUCCAAAGGGCUUGCGUGAAAGCUCGUUUGGAAUUGCAAAUCUCGUCGAAGCUCAUCAUGUGUUUGCUACGCCACACCCCAGUCGAGGAAUGCAUGGCUACUUUGGAGAGCUCGCGUGUAUUGUUCGAGACCAAACAGCUGCACGCACUAGGGCUAGAUUCCGCAGAAAAGCCAUUUCCCCCAGAGAUUUUCACCGAAUGUUACGAGAAAGCCAGUGAGUUUCACCCGGACAUCAAGCUCACAGCCCACGCUGGUGAGGAAGGAGAUGCCAGCUAUGUCACAAACUCUCUAGACCUGUUGAGAGUUACGCGUAUUGAUCACGGUGUGAAUUCGGUUCAAGAUCCAGAGCUCAUGGAGCGCUUGGCCCGCGAGAAAGUCAUGUUGACAGUGUGCCCAUUGUCUAAUGUCAAACUACAAGUGGUCAAAGAUGUUCGCGAAAUUCCAUUGAACAAACUUCUGGAUGCAGGCGUUCCGUUUUCGUUAAACUCGGAUGAUCCUGCUUAUUUCGGUGGCUACAUUUUGGACAACUACGUCGCAGUGCAUAGCAGAUUUAACUGGAGCUUGGAAAUUUGGCAGAAAGUGGUGCUUCAAUCCAUUGAAGGUUCGUGGUGUGAUGAUAAGCGCAAGAACGAAUUGUCAGAUGAACUUUCAGCGGUUGUGAAGAAAUAUAAGAAUCUUGUAUAG